CUGGUGUUGCACCAAUACAGUUCCCGGGUCAUCUCGUAGCUACAGUACGCUACUUCGGAGCUAUUUCUUCUUAUAGCAAGCAGACGGUGUCAGAUAUGCAGUACUGCAGCACGCGUGGCGGUGUCCAGGGUUGGGACUUUCAGGAUGUUUUGUUAUCAGGAUAUGCACCAGACGGGGGGAUGUUCAUGCCUGAGACCCUCCCCACCCUGACCCCUGAUACCUUGAGGUCCUGGAGCUCCCUGUCCUACCCACAGCUAGUGACAGAGGUCUGCUCCCUGUUCAUCCCUACAGAGCUGAUCCCUCGAGCAGACCUAGACGGCCUGGUGAGUGCGGCCCUGUCUGGGUUCGCCGUGCCGGGGGUGGUGAGCUUGGCCAGGCUGAAGGGUGGGCUGUGUGUGCUGGAACUCUUCCACGGUGAGACCCUGGCCUUCAAGGACCUGGCAAUGACCUGCACCGUGCGCUUCCUCGACUACUUCCUGCGCAAGGAAAGCCGGCGCGCCAUCGUAUUAGUGGGCACAUCUGGGGACACGGGUGGUUCAGCCAUCCAAAGUGCGAGAGGCCUUGGUGGGGUAGACGUGGUAGUGGUGUACCCCCGGGGCCGCAUAACUCUUGUGCAGGAGAAACAGAUGACCACCUGCCUGGAGGACAAUAUCCAUGUGUUUGCAGCGGAUGGCAGUUCUGAUGACAUCGACGUGCCCAUCCGUCGACUGUUUUCAGACCAGGAGCUGGUGAAACAACACAGCCUGAUGAGUCUCAACUCAGUCAACUGGUCUCGUGUCAUGGUGCAGCUGGCACACUUCAUUUAUGCCUACCUGCAUGUGAGUGGGCUGGAGCAGGCAGAGAUGGGGGCACCCCUACCCGCCUUGGAGAUGGUAGUGCCCACAGGCGGGGCGGGGAAUAUCGCUGCCGGCUGCAUUGUGAAGCAGAUGGGGAUACCGCUGUGUCUCGUUGCCAUGACGAACGCUAAUGACAUAGUGCACAGGACUGUGCAGAGUGGGGACUUUUCCAUGGCAACCAAUGUCACACAGACCAUGGCCCCGGCUAUAGACAUUCAGGACCCCUAUAACAUGGAGCGUGUGUUCUGGCUGCUGUCUGGUAGAGAUGGAGCCCUGGUAAAGGGCAUGAUGGAGGAGUUUCAGCACUCUCACAGACACACUCUGCCUGAAGCUCUCCACAAACAGUUGUCUCAGGUCCUCACAGCAGGUGCAGUAAGAGAUGAGGGGAUAGUGGAGACCAUGCAGAGAUGCUGGAAGGAGAACCAGUAUCUACUAUGUCCCCACACUGCAGUGGCUGUGUGGCAUCACUACCAUUAUCCCCCAACUGCAGGGGUCAACAGGUGUUGCAUAGCAACAGCCUCUCCGGCCAAGUUCCAGGCGGCGGUGCAGAAGGCAGGGCUGACCCUUGACCUCCCUGAGGCAGUGCGGGCUCUGGACAAGAUGUCCACUCGCUACCUGGCCCUGGAGUGGGGCCAAGACUGGGGCAAGGACUGGGAGUGCAUGCUGAAGCAACACAUCCAGGCUAUAGGCUCAGCCAGGCAACGUGGAGUGGCCUACUACUCAACUGUGGAGUGUAACUAGUUAUUUAAGAAAUUAGGCUUAUGGAUGCACACUGAUAAUUCAGAUGGAACUGUUAACUGGCAUUUGCCAUGGAUUAUCAUAAAUAACAAACACUUAUUAACUGAUGAGAUUGUUUUAUAAAGUGGAUAAUAGACAACUUACUGCUAAUACCAGCAAUAAUAUGCCCACAGUUAGAUGUUUUAUGUACUGUCUUGAAGAGAUCAGUUUUAUAUGAUCAGAUAUUGUUACAGUAUAAGAAGAUUGUUUAUUGUAUACGUUUGAUCAGAAUUCAGAUGAAAUGGUGUAAUUGCCAAAUGGUGUGUUUUGCAAUCAAACUUCUGCACAAUUUAUUGCCUGACCAUAAAAGUUGCAGAGGCAAUCAUGAGUGCAGGAGUAAUUACAGUAAAUGAUUAGAACGAAGCUAUGAAGCCAGCAGCAUACCACCCUGCAUACCACUACUGGCUUGCUUCUGAAGCUAAGCAGGGUUGGUCCUGGUCAGUCCCUGGAUGGUAGACCAGAUG